AUGCCCACAUGCAGUUUAGUUAUAACAACAGAUCCAGAAAGAAUGGCUAACGGAACAAGAGUGAUCAUUCCCCCAAAUGGUCUCAGUCUAGCCCAGGCAAGACAAAUAACUGCUGGCACUGUUAUCCAACCAGGAGAAAUGGUACAAUUAGCAGGAUGGCAACUUGGAAACCCCUACCAGCUUCAGCAAAAGCCUCCAAUGUUCAGGUUUGAGAAAUUCAUCAAAACAGAGACCAAGUCAUUGUCCGCAAUCCAGAUCAUAAUUGGAUUGAUACAUGUUGGCUUUGGGGGUGUCAUGACGAUUUUUUGCGGCUGGGAUAUAGAUUAUUUCCCUUUGACUGUCUUUGGAGGAUAUCCAUUCUGGGGUGGAAUAUUUUUCAUUUUUUCUGGACUCCUUUCAGUGGUACUUGAGAAACAACUAUUCACCCACAAGGUGAAAUGCGGUAUGGGAAUGAACAUCGCAGGUGCUGUGAUUGCAUUAAUGGGCAUAAUUCUAUAUGCAUUGGAGUGGUUUCAAAAUUCAAUGGCUAGUAGGCAGGAUGAUGAUUUAUCAAGGUCUGUAGGGACUGGUCUUUGUGUCCUGCUCCUCAUGUUCAGCUUCCUGGAGUUCUGCAUUGCUGCUUCAAUGGCGCAUUAUCAGUUCCUAGCUGUCUGCUGCAGCAGUGAAAUGGCCCUGUCCCUCACUGCCCUCCAAGGCAUCUGGGCUCCAGUGGAUGCCCAAGGGCUCCACCUGACAUAG